AUGUCCUUUACCAGCAUCAAACUAGCAGAUGGUACUGAGUACCAACAACCUUUAGGUUUAUUCAUUAACAAUGAAUAUGUUGAAGCACAUGGUUCGGAGACUUUAACAUCAUAUAACCCAAGUUCUGGUGAAGAAAUCUGCAAAGUUCAAUGUGCAGACCCAAAGAUUGAUGUCGAUUUGGCUGUUAAGGCUGCAAGAGACGCUUUUCCUGGUUGGAAAGCGACUCCAGCUAUAGAAAAGAGAGACUUGUUCUACAAAUUGGCCGGCUUGUUGGAAAGAGAUAUUGACAUAUUAAGUAAAAUCGAGUCCCUGGACACUGGAAAGCCAAUUGCCAACAAUGCCAAGUACGACAUACUAGAAGUGGUUGAGGUCUUAAAGUACUAUGCUGGAUGGAUCGAUAAGGCAGGUGGUCAAUCUUUCGCUCCAAGCAGUGAAAAGUUAGCUUAUACUUUACAUCAGCCAUUAGGCGUGGUUGGAUGUAUUAUCCCAUUCAACUAUCCAUUGGCUAUGAUGUCUUGGAAAUGGACUGCUAUCGCCACUGGGAACACAACUGUUUUUAAAUCUGCGGAUCAGACUCCAUUAUCCAUCCUAUAUUUCGCCAAAUUGGUGAAGGAAGCAGGGUUCCCUGCAGGUGUUUUCAAUGUCUUAUCCGGUACAGGUGCCUCUGUUGGUAGUGCCAUUGUUAAACACACUGGUGUAGACAAGAUUGCAUUCACAGGUUCCACUGCAGUUGGUCAAAUUAUCCAACAACAAUCUGCAGUAAACUUGAAACCUAUCACAUUGGAAUGUGGUGGUAAAUCUGCGAACAUGAUCUUUGAAGAUUGUGAUUUAGAACAGGCCGUGAAAUGGAGUGCAUGGGGUAUUUUCAACAAUAUGGGUCAAAUCUGUUCCGGUACUUCAAGAGUCUUCGUGCAAGAAUCUAUUUACGAGGAAUUUGUAGCACAAUUGGCUGACCAUGUCAAGAAAACUUAUAUCGUGGGUGCUCCUUCAGAUGAUGCCGUCAUCGUCGGACCUCAAGUCUCCAAAAAACAACAAGAACGUGUCCUUGAAUACAUUAAGAUCGGUAUCGAAGAAGGAUGCAAAGUGCCAUUGGGUGGUCUUGGAGCACCUGAGCCAAUUGCGAAUGAUCCAGCAUUAGCUAACGGUUACUACGUCAAGCCAACCAUUUUAGCAGAUGUCAAAGCGUCGUACAGAAUCGCCAAGGAAGAAAUCUUUGGUCCCGUCAUAGUCGUAGGCUCUUUCAAGGACUACAAAGAAGCUUUAGACAUUGCCAACGAUUCAGACUACGGUCUUGGUUCGGCAAUUUUCUCAAAAGACAUCGUAACAUGUCACAAAUUUGCCCAGGACGUGGAAGCAGGUAUGGUCUGGAUCAACUCUUCUAACGAUGUUGACAUCAACGUCCCAUUCGGUGGUGUAAAAAUGUCCGGUCAUGGCCGUGAAUUAGGUGAAUACGGUUUAGCUAACUUCACUAACGUUAAAUCAGUUCAUGUUAACCUAGGAAGAAAGUUGUAA